CCUUCAUCAGAGCUUUCCAUAAAUGGAUCUUUAUUGAUUUAUUCAGAAAAAGGUUUGGUAGCUCAUUCUCAGAACAGCAGCACAUUUCUUCUUAGACAGAAGAUUUACAGCACAGAGAAAAACAAUAAAGGGGAAAAUGGGAUGGGUAAAUUUCAAGCUUGUUAUUUAAGUUAUUAGGCUUAGCAAAACAUCUAUUAACGUUCAUUUGAAACCGUUAUCAAUAUUAAUAGACUGAACUGGACUUAAUAACAGGAGUGCAUAUAAUUUUAGUAAAUUAUUCUGGUGAGUAUCAGCUGCGCUGGGUAUGUAAAUCGGGCCAUCUAGCUGCGGUGCUGAUCGUACGCCACUCGUGCCAAAAAUUCGGACAAAUGUCACUUGAUCAAGGAGCAAAUCUGCAUCAGAUGAAAUCAGCUGACUUUGCGUGUGCGUGCGCUGCGCACAGCGGUGUGUACUCUGUGUGUUAACAAGAAAAACGCAUAUAAGAAAGUGGUGCGCAAAAGCAGGGUAGUGACAGAAUUGAUGCGCAUUAUUGAUAUUUGAAGCAUGUGUACCUGCACAUGCAUGCUUAUUAACACACGUGUACUGUGGAAUAUAUUUUUUACUCACCUAAAGCGCUCGUGCUCUCGUCCACUCCCCGCAAAAAAAUUAGCAGCUGUGCGGCGUCUGUGGCAUCGGUGCUCUCAUCGCAUGCGAUGGAGUAAAAAUCAAAAGCACAGCUUUAUCAGACAGUUGCAGUUUAAUGUUGGCUGACAAGUCUUCAAUGCGUCACACAACUGUAUUUCUGGACAUGCUGACGUUGUUGAAGUCCUGCACUUUUUACAGGCACAUUAUUUCGGUGACUUUAACGAGGCAGAGUUUUAUGAGGUCUCCAUCUGAAAAAGGCUUGCCAUGUCUUGCGAUGAGUUGGGCGACCUCAUAGCUGCUAUUGGAGCCUUUUUCUGGACAAUUUGAGCACGAAAAAAAUACUGUUGCUGACCCCGCAGGACAGCUACCCUUUGCUUUAAUUUCUGCUCUCGCUCAGCACCAGUGUAGGAUGCAUAGGCCUGAUGUUUGGUUUCAUAAUGACGUCGUACAUAAUACUCUUUCAUAACUGCCACAGUUUCAGUGCAGAUCAAACACACACACUUCCCCUUUAAUUCUUUGAAGAAAUAUUCAGUCCAAUUCAUUUUUCUUUAUAUCGCUAUAUAUAGCGCCAAAUCACAACAAAAGUCGCCUCAAGGCGCUUCAGAGGUACAGAGAAAAACCCAACAAUCAUAUGACCCCCUAUGAGCAAGCAGUGGCGACAGUGGGAAGGAAAAACUCCCUUUUAACAGGAAGAAACCUCCGGCAGAACCAGGCUCAGGGAGGGGCGGGGCCAUCUGCUGCAACCGGUUGGGGUGAGAGAAGGAAAACAGGAUAAAGACAUGCUGUGGAAGAGAGACAGAGGUUAAUAACAGAUAUGAUUCAAUGCAGAGAGGUCUAUUAACACAUAGUGAGUGAGAAAGGUGACUGGAAAGGAAAAACUCAAUGCAUCAUGGGAAUCCCCGGCAGCCUACGUCUAUUGCAGCAUAACUAAGGGAGGAUUCAGGGUCACCUGGUCCAGCCCUAACUAUAUGCUUUAGCAAAAAGGAAAGUUAGAAGCCUAAUCUUGAAAGUAGAGAUAGUGUCUGUCUCCCAAAUCCAAACUGGAAGCUGGUUCCACAGAAGAGGGUACGGUGGCCCUGAAGUGCAAACCACAAAAACAAAUCACAAAACGUAAAAACAAAUUGAAAAGCGCAAAAACAAAUUGAAAAGCGCAAAAACGGUCCGUGUACUUUUCGGUAUUUGAAGUUUUGUUUCAGAAACCAAAACGAAAAAACGAUAUUUAAAAGAAUUUUCAUUUUUUUAAUUUUUGAUAAAGAAUAAAAUGGGCGAAAAUAACUUGUUUUUUCAUUCGGUGGUAACAAAUAGCCGUCAUACACUUAAAAUUAGACGUGCUUUUUUGGAUUUCUUCGUGAUUCAAAUAAUGAAAGUAUACUAGCGCAAAAACAAAAAAAUAGACGCAUUUUCAAUGUCUGAAACGGGAAGUACUUCUUCUGCGCGUUUUUUUAUGGCGCGCGCACACCGUCCCCCACACAAGAGAUCGACGGCCUUAAAGUUACACUGGAAUAAACAGAGGAUGGACCAUUACGUUGUUUUUAGGAAAACUAAGAGAGUGACACUCCGGGACGAAGACAUGACUGCAGAAAAACUGGGUCGCAUCUUUCAGGUAUCCGCGCAUACUCUGUACAUCACGGAUGAUUCAAACGUGGCUAUGUUCCCCGGUGCGGUCUCUGGUGUUUUCAGCGCAUUAGACCUUACACCCAGAGGUCACUAUGAAGUCCACGGAGAAGACAUGGAGUCAAUUCCAACAGCAGGUUCCAGCGGGCAGCGUUUUGCAUUUAUGCGAGCACCAGCUGUGGCAGCGUCUGCACCUUCACGUUCACAGCAGGCUACUUCAAGUUCCCCUAUGUCCUCCAAAACAUUUCAGAGAUCAGUGUACUUUGCAGAUGUAGUUGGUGGGAGGUUGAUUCCCAAUAGAAUGGUGGUUGUACGAUUCCUGGAGUCUGAGGCUACGCUUCAAGGGAUAGUAGGAAAAGUGCAAGAUGCCAUUGGUAAUUACAACCCAAUAAUUUUGACAGAUGCACAGGGCAAUGCAAUUCUGGAGUCGGAGGGCACAACAGGGUCACAGUACUGGAGACAAAAUGCACGAAAAAUUCUUGCUGUGCCUGAACAAGACUUUAAUUGCCUCCAGGGAACAAAGAGGAAGAAACUGAGCAGCCGUAAAGAUGAUGACAGUGCCAGUUUGGGAGAAGUGAGUGACAAAAUAGAAGAGUUGGUGUUGGCAUCUCAAAGUCUGCCAGCUGUCACAGCAGCAAUCAAAGAGCUCACUGAUCUUGCAGUUGCCCAGAAAGUCACAACCCCCAAGCUGCAGACACUCAAGGAGGGAUUUAGCUGCGUGGUUUGUAUGAACAUCAUUGAGGAUCCAGUGUUCUCACUGUGCUGCAGAAGCAUUAUUGGCUGCAAGACAUGUGUGGAACAGUGGCAAGAGACAUCACAGCACUGUGCAAAAUGCAGGGAGAGUAACAACGGAGUUCUACAAAUUACUGGUCUAACAGCUGCAUUUUCUGUAUUGAAAUCUUUUUUUGCAGAGGAGUAAUGUAGUGUGUACACACAAAUGUUUACAGUCAGUUGAUUUUUUUUUUGUCUGUUCUGUACAGUUUACAGAUGCAGUGGUUCAUACAUUUCUCUG